CGUGUCAGAAAAAUGGUUCGCGUCCUCCUUACGGGUGGCAAUGGCUUUGUUGCCAGCCACAUUCUUGAUGCCCUCCUGAGUAAUGGACAUUCCAUAACGAUUACGGUUCGCAGCAAGGAGAAAGGUGACCAAGUACUCGCACGAUACAAAAAUACUAGUAAAGCCGAAAUCGCCGUUUGUGUCAUCCCCGACUUUACCGCACAUGGAGCCUUCGAUGAAUGCCUUCAAUCAAGCACAAGCUUGGACGUCGUCAUGCAUGUCGCCUCACCUUUCUAUUAUUCGGCGACUGACAUCAAGCGAGAAUUGCUGGACCCGUCCAUUGUCGGCACCACAUCCUUACUAACAGCGGUUUGCGACCACGCCCCAUCAGUCAAAACCGUGAUCCUCACCUCCUCCUUUGCUGCAAUCCUGAACAGCUACAAGCCCAACAGUAUUCCACAGCACACGUACACCGAGUCAGACUGGAACCCGCUUACCAUGGAUGACGCCUUUCAAAAUACAUUGAACGGGUACCGGGCCAGUAAGCUCUUCGCCGAGCGUGCUGCCUGGGACUUGAUGGAUACUCGGAAGCCCGCUUUCUCCCUCACAACAAUCUGCCCAACGCUAGCGUUUGGUCCCGUCAUUCAACCUCUCUCUUGUCUGGACGAGAUAAAUAUAUCAAGUCAGCGCAUCUAUAACUUCAUCUCGGGGGCCUACAAAUCGCAGAUUCCAGACACAGGCGUGUCUUUCUUCCUCUGGAUCGACGUGCGGGAUUUGGCUGUGGCGCACGUGAAAGCCAUGGAAGCUCAGCUUACCGCGCGAGGGAACAGAAGGUACCUUUUGACAGAGGGAUACUUCACCAACCAAGACAUCUGUAAGAUCAUUGGAAGGUGGUUCCCGGAGUAUCAAGAUGCGCUGCCGAGCUGCGAGGGAGAGGCUGGUGGGUACCCGAAGGAGGGUGUUUAUGGGUUUAACAAUAGUCGGGCGACGGAGGAGUUGGGAUUGAGGUACAGGACACUGGAGGAAAGUGUAGUUGAUACCGUGAGAUCAUUUAAAGAUGUGCAGCGAGAGUUGACCCGAUUGGUCAGGAACUGAUAUGAUGGCCCCUGCCUUUGGCAGGAAACGAGUGUGGUUU